UGUCUGAUUGUUGUCAGCCAAACCAAGUUACUUAUAAGUUUUGACCUGACUAAGGAAGUUCAUCAACAAUGUGCUUCUGGUGGCUUCACUCCAGCACUCUACAGCUUCGAACACCUACCAGGCGGCUGGUACAUGGUUGUGAUGGAGUUUAUCACAGACAACUACUGUUGUCUUGGGGAACUUUCCUAUCCUUGCCCUCAUCACAACGUGCUCACUGCAAAACUUCAAUCUCUUCAUCAAGAACAUUAUGUUCAUGGAGACAUUCGGCAUACAAAUGUUAUGGUAAAAAAGGAUCGCAGCCCUGGAUUCAAACUCGUGGAUUUCGACUGGUCCGGGAUAAUAGGCGAAAUACGAUACCCAAUGAACAUA